CUUAAGCGCAGGGGUAAACUUCAUUGCUCUGUCUGGAGGGAAACGGCAUAUGGCAGAAUUUGUCGGGGUUUAGCGUGUCUGCGUCUUUUCCGCGGUUACUGAAUGGUGAACAGUGUCCAGUGAGAGUAGGCAGUGUGUCAGUAUGUCGCUGAAGUGCAGCCCGAACCCUCCUGCUGACCGAGCAAAACCCGAGAGUUACAGGACCAGGACAUCCACUGCUAACUUGGUGGCAGAGCUUCCUCGGGCGAGAGAAAAGACACCUAUAAAAGACAAAAGCAGCCUGCAGGACUGUAAUGAUUUAAUUCCAGAUGAACUCCUUGCAACUUUAACAUCCACCGCGUGUCCUCAAGACAGACUCGCACCACUCAGAUUAACCAAAACUCCCAAAGACUUCAAGGUUUGUUUAAUUCAUCGUCCUGAUGCUGUGUGGCACCAUCCCGUUAGACGCAAGAAAUACCAAUACUUUCUCAACCAGCCGACUUCUCUGACUGGAGCUGGACGAGACAUUUCCUUCCUGUGUGAUUGUCUGGGGUCUCAAAAGGACGCUUUACCUGUCAUUCCAAUGGCCAAUCGAAGAUCUGCUCUGCAUCAUGGAGACCACAAUGACACAAAUCCACUGGAAACUUUAAUCCCAGAAGAAUAUCACAUCAUAAAAAACAAGGGUCUUAAGGGAUUACAAUGCUAUGAUGACAAAUUCACAGUUCUUCUAGAAGAUGAGAAAAACAAGCUAAGAGUCUUUCCAUCCAUGAAGCCAAGCGGUCGUCUUGAGGUGGUUCAGUUAAUGAAGGUGAUGGAUAAGAUGUUAGAAAAAGCAGGUGUCAAUGAAGAGUUUCAGGAGCUAACAGAAAUCUCACAGAUCGAAAAUUUACUAGAGCUGAUUCAAACUGAGCAGAACAUCUACAAUAUAGUGUUUCAUGAGGUAAUCCGGCAGGUCAGCGUUGAAUGUGCAGAGAGAGGUCAACUCCUCGCCAAGCUCAGGCAAAAGUAUGUGGCUCUACUUGACCGUAUCCCACGACAGGUGAAGGGUCUUCACACACAAACCUUAGCACAGAGGGCUCUGGACCGCCGGCUCACUGAAGAGAUCCUACACUUCAAAAACUCGAUAGCAUCGCUUAAUAUGGAGCUGAGUGCUAUGAAAGUACAUGAUGAGAAUGUGUCCAAAGAGGCAGAGGAAGCCAAGGAGGAGCUCGCUAAAGCUUUGGAAGAGUCACAACGCAAUGCAAAUAUUGUAGCAGAGUACCAUGAACUCUAUGAGCUACAGCGAAAGAGACUUGAAGGACAGAUGUCCCAUUUAGAUGGCGAAAGGGACCUUUGGAGAAAAGCGACCUACAGUCUUGCGGUCAAGAUAAUCAAGAUAAAUAAACUUCAUCUGGUCAGGCGACUUCAUAUAAGUGAGCAGACCUGGGCCAAGGCUGCAGAUCGGUUCACUUUCUUCUUAACAGCGAAGGACUCUGAGUACUUUUCCCAUAUCAUGGACUUGACCAACCGGUGGAAAGAUACACUGGCCAAUUUCAUGCAGAACCUCAUACGGGUUGAGAACAAACAACGUGAGAUCAUUAAGUCUUUCCACUCCAACAUUGUGAAGUGGCAGAAAUUCUUUGAAGAGAAAUCCAGGCACCCAACUAUGAAAGUUGACAAGUCAUCAGAUGAAGAGCUGUCACAAGACCUGAGAGAAUGGUCAAAAGUGUUGACACAGCAGUGUGAACGUUAUGGAGGGGAAGACCUAGUAUCUGGUCAGGAAACACUUGAAUUGCUAAAAAAACUACAGGAGUCUUGGAUUGAGGUUUGUCUGGACCUCUUUAAAAGACACACUGGUCCAGAUGGAGGGCCUCCUAAAGGCCAGGAAGCCAUGAGGGGGCUAAAAAGGACCAUCACUGAGUUUCUGAGUCAACUAGGAAUACGUAUCAAUGGAGAAAGUGGAAUCCAUGCAAUGCUAAUGUUUCUUAUUGACACUAUGGAGUCCUGGUCAAGAAUAUUAAACCCCUUGAGUGGACCUCCAAAAGAGCAGGCUUUGGGUGAUUGGCUUAAGUUGAAGGAAGCUCUUGGCAGCUUGGUGAAUCUCUCCGAGGAGGCUCUUCUGCUAGUGGACAGCACACAGUCAGAACAAGACAGGGGGAAAAACAUACCCCACAUAAAAAUUGAAAUGGAGGAUGUUUUAAAGACAAUGAAGGAGUUCCUGUUUUCUCAAGAAAACUUUUUCGACUGUGAAAAUAUGAGACUUCGAGAUGAGGUAACUUCACUUCACAAUAAGAUGAUCCACUGGAUGGUGGACCUUCUUCUGCUAAUGGUUCCCAUCCAUUCAGAUGACCAGGAACCAUUUCUUCCAGCACCCGAAUUGAACAUUGUAGUCAAUGUGUCUGUUGAAAAACUGGAGGAAGAUGCCAGGAACAUCUCAACCAAGCUGGACUACUUUUCCAAGUACAUCACAAGCUCUUGUCAGGCUAUAAUAGAAGAGGUCAUCAGGAAGAGCUCAAACCAGGAUGAAACCGAAAAUGAGUUGUAUGAACUAGCCAAACUUCAGAAAGAGUGUGGGGAAUGGUUGGAGGCCUGCCGGUUACUACUUAUGGACGUGAAAGGAAGCUCUGCAGAGUUGAAGCUGAAUGGAAAAGUGGUGCCACGCUCUCCCAAGGAACAAUCAGAGGAACAUACUGAAAAAGAGGAACCACUGGACUUGGAAGAUGCAAAUGAGCCUUAUGAUGAAUAUGAGGAGGAAAAGGCCGGCAAACAUGACAAAGAUGGCUCAGUCAUCAAACUGAUAGGUCAUGAUGGAAAUAUCACAGAGAAGACUUUAAGAGAGGACACUGUCCAACUUAAAGGGACUGAAGAACUGGUGAUUACUCCACACACCGAAAAAGCCCAAGAUGCCUUCAGUUCUUUAGAAACAAUCAGAACCCUUCAGCAAGAGCUUCUAGCGGUAGAGACUCGAGCUAUCAAUUCAGAGGUGCGUGCAUUAAAGGCAGAGGAAGAACUGCAGGCUGCUCUGGAUAAGAUACAAGAUCUGGAGAGGCAGCUACAAGCUCGGCCCAGUGUGGAGACCAAGUCAAGCAAGAAGAAUGCCCCUAAGACCCCCAGCAAACCUGUCGCAACUUCUGAAGCUAAAACAAAAAGCCAGAACCCUGAAUCCAGCCCGAAACUGUCCAGAGGAACCAAGAAACGCUUAAUGUGAAAAAACUAUACUGGGGCUCAAUAAUAAAGUGCUUAAUAGACA